GAAGAAACUGGGGGAGGGGGGAUUUCAAAAUGCCGUAGAAAAAAAAAUAUAUAUAUAAUCAUUUUUAUUAUACGCACACACAUCCAAACCUACAAAUUCCAAAUUGAAAAAAAUGUGCCAACAAAAAAAUGGAGUUAAAACGCCCGAUUUAAUUUAAUAUGAUUUCAUUUGAAACCCAAACUUCGUUAAAAGCCCCGUCAACUAUUUGUUACACUUCUGGUGUUCCAUUGUCCUUAACUGUAAAGUUUUCAACCAGCGACGCCGUUGCUUUUUCUUCUUCUUCGGAGUUUGUAAGACUAUUUAGCGUUGAAUUUGGAAGCUGAUCAGUUCUCCUCUCAGCACCAAGGGGAAGGGCUGAUCUAUAAUGCAGUCUCUACUGGCAGCUUUCUUGGACUGAUAAAAGAACAACAGCAACAACAAUAAAAAAAACAACAAAGAUUACCAGGAUUUCAAAAUAAGAAAAGACAGCAAUAACAACACCAAAUCUAUGCAACAAUUAAUUAAAGCCAUUUAUCAAUCACUUCUCUGGAAGUUUUUGAAGUAACCUUUUGAAAAUACAGAUGAUCUUAAGUAAACCCUAUUGACAAAAAAAUAUUGUCAUCAAUUGUUAUUGAGGUCUGUUAUACAGUUUAUUUACAUAUUCUCUUUACGUGAUACACUCACAGAAUUAGAAUAAUCUUGGACAUAUUGACUACAUUGAAGUCUGUUAUUUCUACCAGUGAAUACCUGUACACAAUAGGAUUUAGCUAUGAUCUCCACUGAUAAACUGUUUCAGUGUGAGAAAUGUCCGAAAACUUACUGUUAUAUUUCAGGGCUGAGAAACCAUCUGAAAUUACAACACAAAAAGAAACCCAUAAAAUGUGAUGUUUGUCACAAAUGUUCCUGUAAAAAUCCCAGCCUGAGAGAACAAUGCACCAAGACUCAAACGAAAAGAAAGCAAUUUCGUUGCAAUAUAUGUGGCAAAUUUCUCAGGGAACAUUCAAAACUGAGGCGUCACAUGAAAAAGCGCACAAGGGGAAAACAGUUUCGUUGCGAUGUAUGCAAAUUACCUAUUAGCAUCAGGACCAAUCUGAAAACAAAUCUCAGAACAUAUCCUGGGAAGAAAUUAUUCCAAUGUGAAAUAUGUCAGAAGAAAUUCUCAAAAAAAUCCACACUCAAUCAACAUAUCGCGAUGCAUGAAGAGAAAUCAUUUCAGUGUGAAAUAUGUCCAAAAUCCUUCAGUGAAGCAUCAGACCUGGCCACACAUGUAAAGUUACAUGCCGAAGAGAAACCGUAUCAGUGCAAAGUCUGCAAUAAACAGUUCGUAAAGAGAGCCUGCUUAAACUCUCACUCUCAAACUCACAGUGAAAAUAAAAAAUUUCAAUGUACAAAAUGUCCAAAAUAUUACAUUUAUCAUUAUUCACUGAAAAGACAUCUUGUUAAGCAUGAAAAGGAAGAUGAAGGCCAGAAAGAAACACAAACAGAAUAAAACAGAAAAUAAAGAUGUAACCAAAGAAAAACAAUUAAAUCAAUAAAAAUAUAUUUUCAGUUA